AUGGACGUUGGAGACGAGUUCCCAACAUCUCCGGCCAAACGCCAGAGGACGAAUUCUCCAGAAGAAACCCGCGACGCAGGCCAAAUUCUCGAGUCGCAACCAGCCUCACCCGCCGACGGCAAGUCAACGCAUUCUCCGCAAUCAAUUGUCGAGCCUGCUCCUGCAAAUGGAGGCCAGGAAGGCAGAGAGACCGAUUCUGCGGCCCCAAACCCACAGACUACAGUUCCAGAUCACGACUCCAAUUCUCUACUGGAUGCGCUGAUGCUGCAAGUCGAAGCCGCAUCCGCUCCACCGCCGCAGAAGCCGUCGUCCGUAGCAGAGCAUGCUGCCACUGAGGUCGGAUCCACGGAGGUUACUGCUUCAAAUGCUGGGGAGGCUGGAAAGAGUGAAGAUGGAGGCCGUGAUACAGAAACUAAACAGUCAGAGACUGUAUCGCAGGAGAUACGGGCGGAUCCUGAAGUCCUGUCCGCGGUUCUCAACGACCAUAUGGAUCUGGCAGAUGGUGUUGAGAACAGCAAUAUUGCCAACCAUAAUGAAGGAGCCCAAGAAAAUGGCACUGUCACGCUUGACACCAAUGCUACUCUCCCGACAGUGGGCAAUGAUACCGACACCCCGGCCAUCGCAUCUGACAUGAUGAUGGAUGUGUCUGGAGCAAACGACGCGCUUGCUGCAGAACCCGGCGCGGAGGGCGCCGAGUGGGAAAUAGACUCAUCACCGUAUAAGUCUUCCUCGGAUUCCGACUCCGAUUCAUCAUCCGACACGACUUCUUCAGAAGAGGACAGUGAUGAAGAUGACGCAGAUGGAGACUACGCUAUGCUCGACCCUGAAGAAGCGGCGCGAAUACUCAUGCAGGGAGACAUAGGGUCCGAUGACGAAGGGGGGACAAAUCGGGACAAAACAGACGGUGGGCUCAGAACAGCCCAUGAGCGACCGGAAGAGGUCAUACCCAAGCCCGACAUCACCAUCACCGAGGACAUGAAAAUCGAAGAGUUAGGCAAUGUCGAGGUUGUGGUUGAAAACACCGUUGUCAUCAAGGCCAAAACCUCAGGCGAAUAUCAGGUGCUCGAGACUGGAUCGUUGAUUUGUCUCCACGACAGAACGGUCGUAGGAGUGGUCGCCGACUUGAUAGGACGAGUCGAAGAACCCAGGUAUACGAUCCGCUUCAACAACGAUGACGAAAUCAACGAGGUCGGCCUGUCCGCUGCCGGGGCCACUGUGUUCUAUGUCCCGCAGCACUCAACAUUUGUCUUCACCCAACCCCUGAAAGGCGUCAAGGGCAGCGAUGCGUCGAACUUCCAUGACGAGGAAGUCGGCGACGACGAAAUCGAGUUUUCCGACGACGAAGCUGAAGCUGAACAUAAACGCCAGGUAAAGGCGAGGAGGCAGGGUAGGUCAAUUGAGACGGGCAGAGGGCGCGGUGGGAUGAGACAUUCCAGAGCGUCUCACCGCGGAGGCGGUCGUGGAGGGAAUCAGAACCACAAUACCAACAACGGUACCGCCGCCUACGGCAAUGGCUCACUCGAAAUGAACUACGAUGAUGUCGCGGACGGUGGCGACGAAGGAUAUACACCGUUGCAGAGACCGGCAAAUCUGACAGAAUUGCUCACUCGAGGAGAGCAGCCUCAAGAAUCCAGACCGCCUCACCACUCAUUACCGCCGUUGCCUCCGCCGCCGCGGUCUGGAAGAGGGGAUUUAUUUGGCCGUGGAGGUAGAGGUCGCGGUCGCGGAGGCGGCAGAGGAGGGUUUCGCGGCCGUCAUGAUGGUGGUGGUGGUUUCGGUCAACCCAGACAAGCGGCUUUCGACAAUAAUGGAGGAGGAAGUGGAGGUCGUCCUGGAAACAAUGGCUUCCCCCAGCAGAUGUCCAUGCCGAACCUCAACCUCCCUCCAACUCCAGCACUCACGCCGCAAGGUAAUCCGUUCUCGCCGAUGACGCCUUCUCCAAUCACUCCCCUGCCCAACGGCCAGUUCAAUUUCAAUGGAUUCAACCCGAAUCCUCCCGCCAAUUUCCCUUUCAUGCCACAGACCAUGCCCGGUUUCCCGCAGCCAUUUGCUGUCAACUUCCAGCAACAGCAGCAACAAUACCAGCAGCGCUGGGUGGCGGGUCAACAGCAGCAACAGCAGCAACAGCCACAAAAUCAAGGGUACCAGCAGCAUAUGGCAGCGCCGGCGAAUUUCAAUGCUGGGCCAUGGGCUAGUAACCCAGCUCUAGCAGCCGCUUUGCAGAAGCAGGCGCAGGAAGAGAGACGACGUCAAGGGUCGUGA